GAUUGUGUGUCUUCACGCAGCUUCGACAUGUCUAUUCGACUUCGCCUGACGAGCCUGGCAAACUCGUUGUAUCUGACGACGACCCGCAAUCGACCCCGUUCGAUCGCGGCCAUCGUCGUCUUUUUCUUUCUACUCCUCGUCUACUGGAACCCACGGAUACAUCACAAGCUCGCCCCGCAAGACUACCUCCCGUUACUUCCCGAGCCUGCUUCGUCGCCCAAGCUCGAGGGGAGGUUGAAGGACCUGGACAGGAGGUUGGAAGAGCAUUUCGGGGAAAAGGGGCAGGUGGUCCCAGAACGGGUGUACCCUUAUCAUGCCUUGACGCAGGCGCAACAGGAUCGAUAUUCGUUAUUGACAGAGGGGACAGGGGUGUACAUGUUCACCACGAUUACCAGGCAGAUUCAGGAUCAACUCCCUGACCUCCUCGCUGCCAUCCUCGUCGUGGUCAACACUCUCGGGGCUACAAGAGUCUCGUUCUCGUUCCUCGAAGGUCCUUCCUCCGACCUCACCCCCUCCGUAUUCGACGACGUCCUCUAUCCCUUUCUCAUCUCUCUCAACGUACCAGAAUUUAGGAUCCAUAUCGUCACCCACUCUCCCAAGAUCGAUUUCUCCGCUGGCAACCGGAUCGAACUCCUCGCCGACUUGCGGAAUCAGGCAUUGGCUCCUCUGUGGAACGAACGGGGCAAGGGACAGGUCGGGGACAACGUGAAAGCCGUCGUCAUGUUCAACGACGUCUACCUCAAGGCGGAACAUUUCCUCGAGGUGCUCUACUGGCACCAGGUCAACGGAGCCGGGAUGACGACCGCUUGGGACUGGUGGAAACGUGAACCCGGUUACUAUUACGACAUCUGGGUCGGGAGGACGGUGGAUUCCGGAGAUCUGUUUUACCCGAUCGACAACUCGUGGUGGUCGCCUUCUGAUCGAUUGUUCCCCACUUCGGCGGAAUCGAAACGGGCGUUCGAGGCUCUCGAACCGUUCCCCGUCUACUCGGCUUGGAACGGGCUGGCCGUGCUCGACCCGACCCCCUUGGUGAAGCAAGGGGUCAGGUUCAGACGGAGCGAUCGGGCCAAGGGAGAGUGUGCGGCCAGCGAGUGUACGUUGAUCUGCGGGGAUUAUUGGAAAGAGGGUGCCGGGAGGAUCCAGGUCGUACCCGCCGUUCAGCUGGCUUAUGAACGGGACGUCGCAAUAGAGACUGAGAAGAAGAUGCAAGAGAGUCGCAAGGGACUGGGUUGGAAAGCCGGAGUUCCGCCGGUCAAGUUUAGACAGCCAUUGAAACCAUACUGGCGUAAUUCCCCUCCCGAAAAGGUGCGAUGUCACCCAUGGCCAGAAACCUCAGGUCUCGAUGCAAACGUAUGGGAACACACUGAAUGGGUGGAGCCAUGGCAAGGUUGAACGCCAGGUCGAGAGAGACAGGGUGUACAUGACAUUUUUACGAACGCUUGAUGAACAUGA